AUGCAACCGUCGCGAUCAGCGCGAAGCGGCAGCGGCAGAUUUAAAGUUCCAUUUGCGAGAGGUCCGUUGUUAUCAGGAGAAGGAGAGCGAUGCUGUUUCGGGCUUGCAAGCAGGUCAUCGAGUGUGCGUUGCCGGGCGUCCACGUCACGUGGCCCUGACGACCAAUCAGAGGCAGAAGCUGUGCCAUCACGCGAGCAUGCCAAGGCGGGUGACGCGGUGCUCGCCUCGGACAGCGUGGAUAACGCAGAUCGGCCUUCCCAAGGGCCAGGCGGCGGCAGCAGCAACGGGGGUGCGGCGAGCAACAGCGCCUUCCUUGCCGCAGGCCCCACGCGUCCCGCGUCUCUCGCCACGGAGCCCUCUCCCGCCACUGCCUCCGCGCCUGCUGUGGGGGCUGCAGGAACAGCGCGCGGGGACGAUGGUGCAGGAGGGGGGACAGAGAAGGCAGAGGAGGCGGGGGAGGAGGGGGAAGAGGGUGAGGAGGAGGAAGAUGGGGAGGAAGGGCGGGAAGGGGAGGUUCGUCGCACGUUGUGUGCCGUGCCCCCUGCGCCCAUGGGCUCCCUGCCUCCCCCUCCUGCUGCCUCGCCUCCCCAUGCUGCUGCACUCCCCUGUCCCCGUCCCAUCCCGUCUUCCCCCCGUCCCAUCCUGUUUUCCCCCGUCCCAUCCUGUCUUCCCCCCGUCCCAUCCUGUUUUCCCCCGUCCCAUCCUGUCUUCCCCCCGUCCCAUCCUGUCUUCCCCCCCGUCCCAUCCUGUCUUCCCCCCGUCCCAUUCUGUCUUCCCCCCGUUCCAUCCCGUCUUCCCCCCGUCCCAUCCUGUCUUCCCCCCGUCCCAUCCUGUUUUCCCCCGUCCCAUCCUGUCUUCCCCCCAUCCCAUCCUGUCUUCCCCCCGUCCCAUCCUGUCUUCCCCCCGUCCCAUUCUGUCUUCCCCCCGUUCCAUCCCGUCUUCCCCCCGUCCCAUCCUGUCUUCCCCCUGCCAUCCAUCGUGCCAUCCGCGUCAUGCAUUUAUACCCACCCCUCUACGUUGUACCUCUCCCGCCCUCCCUCUUAUCUCUUCUCCUCCCUCCCUCUCCCCUCCCUGCUCUCCCCCUUCCCCUCCCCUCUCGUCCCUCACCGCCCUCCCCCACACCACAUCAGCCCGGGGGCGGUGGUGCAGCGCUUUGAGGCGAGGCAGCACGCGGUGGACGCGGAGGGAGUGGCCAUCUACCUGCGCGCGCUCGUCACCACCGACCGCCUCUCCUCCUUCCUCCCCUCCUCCAACAACGCCCGCCCCACCUCCCUCCCCUUGCUCGUAUGCCCACCUCCCCUUGCUCGUAUGCUGCUGCUGGAGGAUCUGAAGCAGCGCGCCACGUCAGAAGAGGGCCAGCUGGGGCUGCCGCCCGGCACCACGGAGCAGACGCCCCUGCACGUGGUGGAGAGGGAGGUGAAGCCGCUGUCACGUGGGCUGCGUGUGCUGCAGGAGCUGCUCUCAGCGCUGCUCGCCUGCUUCUUCGGCCUCCUCCUCUGGUCCGCCACCGUCCCCUUUCCUCUCGCCCUCGUCUGCCCUCUCGCCCACCGGGCGGCAGCAACGACGGCGUUGAGGCGCUACGCCAGUGGCGUCACCGGCAUGGGAGGGGGGGGGAUGGCGGGGGGGCCAGCAGCGGGCAUGGGGGCGGGCGGGGCGGGCGUGUACUCGCCCAAGGAGUAUAACAAGGAGACCAUGCCCGAGAAGGUGAGCGGCUGA